AUCUGGAACCAUCUAUUUCAAGGACGAACCUCCCUCUCCCUUCGUUUCCUUCGGCUUUUCAUUUUCCUGAUUGGUGAGUCUCCGAACGGUUCAAUCUUUCCCCCUCCCUUAAUCCGUAUUACCGGAAAUUUCUUUCAAGCGAUCGUGAUUGAAUUAUUCAGCUCAGCGGAGUAAUCCUCUUGAAUUUUCGCCAAUUUCUCCUCUGUAUCUUGUUCGCUGAAGGGUAUUUUGUUUCUUGUGAAUUGUAACGAUGCAUAGAAGGAGCAGAGGGGGAAGGGAUGAAUUUUUUGAUUUUGGUGACCCUUUUGCUGGGUUUGGAGGCUUUCCGGGUCAAAGAAGCUUAAUUUCUGGUUUCUUUGGUGGAAGGGAUCCAUUUGAUGAUCCUUUUUUCAGAAAUCCAUUUGGAAGUAUGUUCGAGCCGAGCUUCUUUGGUGGUCCUGGAAUUCCUUUUGCAAAUAUGCAACCAUCUGGAUUCCUUGAUCAUCAGGCCCCUGAGCCAAAAAGACCAAGGGGUCCAAUUAUUGAGGAAUUAAAUUCAGAUGAUGAAGAACGAUCAGGAAAAGAGAGUAGAAAUCGUAAGAAUUCAUCCAAAAAGCCUCUUGUUGAAGACCCUGAUGAUGAAGAGAACAGGAACCUAGCUUUGCAGCUCAUGGAUCAUCGUGGUGGACAAAAUCACAGGCAUAUCCAGCCCCAAACUAGUAGCUUCACAUUUCAGAGCUCCUCUGUAACUUAUGGAGGCUCAAAUGGGACAUAUUAUACUUCAUCAAGAACAAGGAGGGCAGGGAGUGAUGGUGUUGUCUUUGAAGAAAGCAAGGAGGCUGAUACGGCAACCAGACAAGCAACUCAUAGAGUUUCAAGGGGAAUUCAUACUAAGGGUCAUUCAGUCACAAGGAAACUGAAUCCUGAUGGUAAAGUGGAUACCAUGCAAACAUUGCAUAAUCUUAAUGAAGAUGAGCUAGGUAGUUUUGAAAAUGCUUGGGCAAGGAAUUCAAGAAGUUUGCCGGGGUGGCAUGGGAGUACAAACGGCUUUGAUAAUAUUGCUGGCGGCAUUGGCCAAAACGGUCAAAUGAGCAGAGGUGGUUUGGCGCUUCCCUCUACUGAUCAGCACCCUCAAGUGACUGGAAGGAUUACUGUGGAAGGCGGCCAUGCCCCGGGUUCUUCUCGCACACAGCAAGUGAACAGGAAUAGGAGAGAUGCAAGGUACAGGAGUGCCUAAACUUUGGAAAUCAAGAAGUAUAGACCGGAAUUGGAAGCUCUUUAUUGCUGCCUCCUUUGCAAACUCCAUUCCAGGUGGACGCUCUUAUGUGUGGAGUUCAUAAUUUCUUACUGCCCUCUUGCAUAUACAGUUGGAACUAUGUAUUUCAUCCAUCAUCUUUUACCAUAAUCACUGAUUCUCCUGAUGAAACUAAGUGAUCUUAUUAGGAAUCUGCGAUUCUUAGAGAUUUAGGGCUGGUGUUUAAAAACAAUAGCUAAUUUCAAAAUCUUAUACGGCAUGCCUCUA